AUGUCUCAAGAUCUCUUUUAUGUUCCUAUCUUCUUCAUCAUUUUUCGUGAAGUGACCGAAGCAGCUAUCAUUGUGUCUGUUCUAUUGUCAUUUUUGUCACGCAUCUUUGAUCCAUCGACUUUGGUGUACAAGCGCCUACGCAAACAAGUAUGGUGGGGUACAGCCAUAGGACUAGCCAUUUGCCUUUGUAUUGGUGGCGCAUUCAUUGCAGUGUUUUAUACAUUGCUAAACAACCUUUGGGGUGAGACCGAGUAUAUCUGGGAAGCUCUAUUUUGUAUCCUUGCUACAAUUUUGAUCACGAUGAUGGGUCUUGCCAUGUUAAAGACCGAGCAUAUGCAAGAAGAAUGGAAGGUCAAGUUAGCCAAAGUCAUUGAAUCCAAGCGAGAAGCCAACGAAGGCACAUCCACCAAACUUCAACGCUACUCGUUCUUUGUGCUACCCUUUAUUACAGUCCUUCGUGAAGGCUUGGAAGCUGUUGUUUUCAUUGGUGGUAUUUCAUUGAACGCACAAGCCAAGUCAAUCCCUAUCCCUGUGUUGAUGGGCUUCCUUUGUGGGUGUCUCGUGGGCUACAUUAUCUAUCGUGGUGGCAAUCUUGUACGCCUUCGUUGGUUCUUUAUUGUGUCGACCAUCAUCCUAUACCUGGUAGCUGCAGGACUCCUAUCUCGUGGUGUUGGUUUUAUCGAGCAAUAUGAGUGGAACAAAGUCAUUGGUGGUGAAGCUGCUGAGGAAGGCGGUGAUGUUAUUGGAUACAAAGUGACCACCGCUGUAUGGCACGUAUCUUGGGGUGAUCCAGAAAAGAACCUACCUUCCACUGGUGGAUAUCAAAUUUUCAAUUCCGUGCUUGGUUGGAACAAUACCGCCACCUAUGGCACCAUCAUCUCCUAUUGUCUCUAUUGGCUCGUUGUCAUUGGGUUCUUGGUAUACUUUUAUUACGAUGAAAAACGCUCUGCUAUAAGAAAAGCCGAAGCGGGUGAAUGGCAGGCAGGCGACUUGGCACUUGAAAACGCAAAGGGAUACAUUGACGAAGAAACAGGCGAAAUCAUCAAGAAGGAUAAAGGCGAAAAGCACGACAUUGAGCAUGUCGAAUCAAACGACACCUAUCACGUUGAGCGUGUAGUUCUUCCACCACCUACCCAAUAG